CACAGAUUCCCCAGCCUGGCCGUGUGACACUAAGGAAGCAGGAAGGUUUCAGCCGUUGCUCGCUUUAACCUUGUCCAGGAAGAAAGAGACAGAAGCUGCUUAUCUGAAAGGCAAGGGGAACGCAGUUGAAGAGAUGCAUGGAAUAAUCAGAGCGGGCUCUGAUUCCCCUCCCAAGGCGGCGGCGGCUGAGCGGCGGAGCCCCCCAAAUGGCCUGGCCAGAUGCGGCAGGUUUGCUGCUCAGCGCUGCCGCCGCCGCCGUCGCCACUGGAGAAGGCUCGGUGCAGCAACCAAAGCCACAGCAGCAGCAGCAGCAGCGGCGACAGCAGCAGCGACAGGAGCAGCAGCGAGAGCGGCAGCAGCAGCAGCAGCAGCAGCAGCAUCUCCCGUCCCGCUGUGCCCCCAGAGCCGCGGCCGCAGCCACAGCCGCAGCCCCGCAGCCCCGCAGCCCCACCAGCCGCCGCCCGCUCGCGAGCUGCAGCCUCCGGCGGCAUGAGGCGCGACCCGGCCCCCGGCUUCUCCAUGCUGCUCUUCGGUGUGUCGCUUGCCUGCUACUCGCCCAGCCUCAAGUCGGUGCAGGACCAGGCGUACAAGGCACCCGUGGUGGUGGAGGGCAAGGUCCAGGGACUGGCCCCAGCCGGCGGAUCCAGCUCAAACAGCACCCGCGAGCCGCCCUCCUCGGGUCGGGUGGCGCUGGUGAAGGUGCUGGACAAGUGGCCGCUCCGGAGCGGGGGGCUGCAGCGUGAGCAGGUGAUCAGCGUGGGCUCCUGCGCGCCGCUGGAAAGGAACCAGCGCUACAUCUUUUUCCUGGAGCCCACGGAGCAGCCCUUGGUCUUUAAGACAGCCUUCGCCCCCCUUGACACUAACGGCAAGAACCUCAAGAAAGAGGUGGGCAAGAUCCUGUGCACCGACUGCGCCACCCGGCCCAAGCUGAAGAAAAUGAAGAGCCAGACGGGACAGGUGGGUGAAAAGCAAUCGCUCAAGUGCGAGGCGGUGGCCGGGAACCCCCAGCCCUCCUACCGCUGGUUCAAGGAUGGCAAGGAGCUCAACCGUAGCCGUGACAUCCGCAUCAAGUAUGGCAAUGGCAGAAAGAACUCACGACUUCAAUUCAACAAGGUGAAGGUGGAAGAUGCCGGGGAGUAUGUGUGUGAGGCUGAGAACAUCCUGGGCAAGGACACGGCCCGUGGCCGGCUCCACGUCAACAGCGUGAGCACCACUCUGUCUUCAUGGUCGGGGCAUGCCCGGAAGUGCAACGAGACAGCCAAGUCCUACUGUGUCAAUGGAGGCGUCUGCUACUACAUCGAAGGCAUCAACCAGCUCUCCUGCAAAUGUCCAAACGGAUUCUUCGGACAGAGAUGUUUGGAGAAACUGCCUUUGCGAUUGUACAUGCCAGAUCCUAAGCAAAGCUCUACCCACACCCAUGUCCCUCACACGAGCCCUGCCCCUGCAGAAGCUGAGGAGCUGUACCAGAAGAGGGUCUUGACCAUCACGGGCAUCUGCGUGGCGCUGCUGGUCGUGGGCAUCGUCUGCGUGGUAGCCUACUGCAAGACCAAGAAGCAGCGGAAGCAGAUGCAAAACCACAUCCGGCAGAACAUGUGUCCAGCCCACCAGAACCGCAGCUUAGCCAAUGGGCCCAGCCACCCCCGGCUGGACCCUGAGGAGAUCCAGAUGGCAGACUUCAUCUCCAAGAACGUGCCCGCCACAGACCACGUCAUCCCAAGGGAAACUGAGACCACCUUCUCCGGGAGCCACUCCUGUUCUCCUUCUCAUCACUGUUCCACAGCCACACCCACCUCCAGUCACAGACACGAGAGCCACACGUGGAGCCUGGAACGCUCCGAGAGCCUGACGUCUGACUCCCAGUCGGGCAUCAUGCUGUCAUCAGUGGGCACUAGCAAGUGCAACAGCCCUGCAUGUGUGGAAGCCCGGGCCCGGCGGGCAGCAGCCUACAACCUGGAGGAGCGGCGCAGGGCCACCGUGCCACCUUACCAUGACUCCGUGGACUCCCUGCGGGACUCCCCACACAGUGAGAGGUACGUGUCAGCCCUGACAACGCCUGCACGCCUGUCGCCCGUGGACUUCCACUACUCGCUGGCCACACAGGUGCCCACUUUCGAAAUCACGUCCCCCAACUCGGCGCAUGCUGUGUCGCUGCCACCUGCCGCACCCAUCAACUACCGCCUGGCCGAGCAACAGCCGCUCCUGUGGCACCCGGCGCCCCCGGGCCCCGGCCCGGGCCCCGGCCCCAGCGCGGACAUGCAGCGAAGCUGUGACAGUUACUACUACCCGCCCGCGGCGUCAGGGCCCGGGUCACGGCGCGGGGCCUGCGCGUUAGGCGGCAGCCUGGGCAGCUUGCCGGCCAGCCCCUUCCGCAUCCCCGAGGACGACGAAUACGAGACCACGCAGGAGUGCGUGCCCCCGCCUGCGCCUCCCCGAGCCCGCGGCGCGUCCCGCAGGACGUCGGCGGGGCCCCGGCGUUGGCGCCGCUCGCGCCUCAACGGGCUGGCGGCGCAGCGCGCGCGCGCGGCGCGGGACUCGCUGUCGCUGAGUAGCGGCUCCGGCGGCGGCUCGGCCUCGGACGAUGAUGCGGACGGGGCGCUGGCGGCCGAGAGCACCCCGUUCCUCGGCCUGCGCGCCGCACACGACGCGCUGCGCUCGGACUCGCCGCCACUGUGCCCGGCGGCUGACAGCAGGACUUACUACUCCCUGGACAGCCACAGCACGCGGGCCAGCAGCAGACACAGCCGUGGGCCGUCCACGCGGGCCAAGCAGGACUCGGGGCCGCUCUAGGGGCCGCACCACCCCCUCGGCCUUACCUGCCCCACUGUCCAUGGAGAAGACAGACCACCAACUGGAGAGAGAAAGGAGGGGGAAGAAAAAAGAAAAAUAUUUUUAUUUUCUAUAAAAGGAAAAAAGUAUAACAAAAUGUUUUAUUUUCAUUUUAGCAAAAAUUGUCUUAUAAUACUAGAUAACGGCAAAGACGUUUUUAUAGGGAAACUAUUUAUAUGUAACAUCCUGAUUUACAGCUUCAGAAAAAAAAAAAAAACAAAAAAAGAGAUGGGCCAAUUUUUUUGACUCUUUACUAGAAACCUAUAUUGUGGUGCCUUUUGCUGUCGGCUAAUCUGGGGCUCCUGCAGUCUGGGUUGCCGAUUUGGGAGGGGGCCCUGUAGGAUCCCCAGCCAACAGGGGUGCGAGACAGCAGGCAAAGGGGGAACGGGAACGGGUUCUUCCCUGGUGGGCAGGAGGGAAGGGGGUACACAGGCGCCUCAACCUGUGUCCAGCAGGAUCUGCAGUCCAGGACCCCAAGGCGGGGAGCAUGAGGGGCGGCAGGGCCAGUGACUUCUGGAGGGAGAGGAAGGUUCCAACAGCAACCCCAAUGGGGAGAGGGCCCUGGCUCCUCACAGCUGCCAGGGGAGGGGGUGAGAUGGGGUCUCCUCAACAGCCCAAGCCCAGAGAGUCCCCCACACCCCCUGCGUGGCUCCUGCAGCCCCUUCGUUUACAGGCCCUCUUUUCUAUUUUCCGCCUGCAUGCCCUUUGCAUUUCAGACGCUAGAUUGGCUGCAUGGUCACGCUGGGACCAAGAAUGAGUCACCUUUUUAGCAAUAAAGGAACAUGCGACCCUCUCACAGCCCCUCUCACCCACCAUAGGACCCUCCCUCCACCACCACACCUGUGACUUCCAACCCCUUCCAGAACCACUCACUCACCUCCACAACUGAGUCCACUGCUAAUUUGUCAAAAAGGUUAUUGUUAUAUUAAAUUCCAAGCAGAAACAAAUGGGAAUUCUGCCCUGAGAUGUCUGAACACCUGACUGUUGACACU